AUGUCAUCCUGGUUUCCUCAAAAUAUACAAAAAAGGGUUAUCCUUUAUCUUUUACAAAAAAUAUCACUUUUUUCCAACAUAGAUGUUAGUAAUUUGGAUGUUUCCAUAGGUUCAAACUCUCAUUUUUCCUUUAAAGAUAUAAAUUUAGAUGUAGAUAAUAUAAAGAUACCUAAUAUGAUAGUGAGAAGCGGGGUUGUUGGGGCAAUGGAGAUGCAUCUAAAGGUUGGCGGUGGCGUUUGUAUAAAUAUAAAAAACGUAACCUUUGUAGUAAAACUUUUGAAACCGCAAGACAACGAUAAGGAUAACGCAACAAAUUUUUCCCUAACUAAAAGUGUUAUUGAUUUAACUAAUUCUGUAAUGUUAUCCAUAGAUGGGGAUAAUAAUGGAAAUAUUAAUAGCGGCGAAACUGCUAAUCAGGACGAAUGUAUCUCUUCGUUCUCUUCAUCUUCAUCUUCAACAUCUGCCGCUAGCUCCAGCUCAUCACAAACAUCAUCUAAUGGAACAAAAUCGAAAAAGCUUGGCCCUUUGGAAUCCAUGCGAAAUAAAGCUCUUUCCAUGGCUUUACAAGACUUCCAACUAACAAUACAAAAUUUGGAAAUAAAGCUACUUUUAGUGGAACAAAAUUCAUUGAUCUUACAUAUUGAGACAUUUUCAGCUACAAUUCUGAAUGAGGAACGUCGAAACAUUGUUUUGAAAGGAAUAACUUUGGAAAACCAUCUCAGUUCCACUAAAGCACCGGGCUCUUCAACAUCUGGCCCUUCAUCCUCAUUUAAGGAUACUAAAAAUGCUAACCCAGACUCUUUUAGUAUGAUGGAAGGCAGUAUGCUAUAUUCCGCAGAAGAAGCAACAAGCAUCUUUAUGAGUGCAAUGCAGAGUAUGCCCGAUACCUCAAUUUACAAUGACGCUACUCACAAGGCUGGAAAUCAAGAGACCCUUGGGAAAUCUUCAUCUAAACUUUUUAAUAUAGCAUGCAUAAACAGCACUUUUGAAGGCUUUUCCAGCUUCGAUGAUUUAUACCCAACAGAUAUUCAGACAAAUUUUACUGAGAUUGAAAUUUGGCUUCAAAAUGUUUUAAAACUUGAUUUGACAUCCCUUGAAUUCUUAUUAGCCAGUUUCACUAACCAAAAAAUACCAGACUCAAGUUCAAAAACUGAUAAAUUGUAUUCCUAUAAAAGAUUUCAAAAGGAACAAAACCUACUACCAGAACUUCCCCUUAAAGAGUUGGAGAUUGAAUCUUUUGUUUUGAAUUUAACCGAUAAUCUAAACUUAAAAUUUACUAAAGUUAACCUACAAAACGAAAAUAAAACACAUUUUGAUUUGUCUAUUCAAAAUGUAGAAGCUUUGUUAGAUCAAUCCUACAGCUUGAUAAAUGAUACAAACGGCGAAACGAUUAAAUUUGAAGUAAAUUUAUUAAAAGGUUAUUAUGAUAUCAUUUUCAAUGAUAAGAUAUGUUUUAAUAUAAAUACAAGACUGAUGGAAGAGUUGUUAGGGGUUAUCAACCGAGUUAAUACAAUCCUUUCAAUUGCUUCUCAUACAAAACAAACUUUUAAAAUACACCAAAGUAUUAAUAAUGCAGGCGCAAACAAUAGUAGUGUUACUCAACAUAACAAAUUCUUUAUAAGUUUACCAAAGGGUGCUGAAAUUAAUAUUUUUUUACCAAAAACUAACAAAAUUGUGAUUUCUCUUCCAACUAGUAGGGUUGAUAUACUUGACAAAUUUUUAACACUUCCAGACUUUAGAGUAAUCAUCAAUGGGCAUAAUUUUAUACAAGCAACCGGUAUUUCCAUGGCUGUAAAGUUAAAGAAGGAUAUUAAUUCAUAUGACUAUAAUCAAAAACCGUGUUUAUAUUCAAAUUCCUUCAGAACAAGAAUCUCAGAAGUUAAGUUAAUGUUGACAGAAGAUGUAUUGAGUUCUUUGGUCCAUGAUAUUACAGAAAUGAUGGACAUUUUUUCCACAAGGGAAAAAAAGUCUUUUUUGUCUUCUUCCUUCCACAUUCCUGCUAGCGGAAAUAGUGCCAGUAUCAAAAAAAGCGUUCGAAUAAUGAAUAGUUCAAGUAUCAUAUAUAAACCAAGCUCCAGAGUUAAAAGUAUGUUUUUUAUAGAGGAUCUCGAUUUAAAACUUCUAUUAAAUGGAUCCAUUGGCCAGUUGAAUUUUGCUUCUCGCAACUGCGAAUUUAUUAUGGAGAAUAAUGGCAAUUUCUUGUGUCACUUUUUCAAUACAAUUUUGGUUCGUGUAUUAAACGAUAUUCCAUUGGUCAAAAGUAGGAAUGGGGAGAAAACGGAUGAUGGUCCCAAUAUUACUAUAUUUAAAAAAAAUCAACAACUGAAAAUUUUAUUGGAAAACUUGGUUGUUUUUUAUCAUGCAAAAUUGUUAGAUGAAUUUCAAAGGAAAACACAGGUUAUCGAUCUUACCGUGGAUCCCUCCGAACCUAAAGUAUCCGUUAGACUUUGUGAUAUUAGAUUAAAAGAUUGUGAUUUGCAUUUAAAGCCUUAUAGGUUAAAUACAUUACUUGUACAAAGAAUAAAAAGUGGCAAUAUCGUUAUUUUUAAUAAGGGGAAUAAAAUUAGCGGCACUUUGCGUAAUAUUACACCAUGGUUGAUAGAUAAUAUAGAUCUAUGUAAAACGAUUUCAAAAUUAGAUGGAUUUAUACAUUUAGGGUUAAUUGAUACAUUAAAUCUAAAUUUUGAAAAAAAGUGCAACAACAAAACAUUUCUUUCUCUAAAUAUUGCAAAUUUUGAAGGAUUAUUAUGCUGCGAUUCUUUUAAUUGCCUAAUCCAAACAUUUUUAGAUUUAAAAUAUCCAACAGGGUUCCCAAACAACGAAAAAUAUAGCAUGUGUUUUGAAGAGGAUAAAGAUAUCUUUCAGGAUGUCGAUUUGAACUUUUUCGAUGAUCCUAAAAAUUUUAGCCUUAAGAAAAGUGUUAAGAAAUAUGAAAGCGUUGAUGAAGCGUUUAGAAAACCUGAUGUAUUUACAAAUACUUUUCAAAUUCAAACUGAUUAUUUAGAUUCAUUAUCGAGAAAUAAAACGAAUCUGACUAAAAAAGGGGAGACUAAGACAACCGAUGGUUCUGUUUUAACGUCUAGUUUUCCAAUUGCGUUAGAUGUUGAAAUUACUAUAGGUGACAUCAACUUAAAACUCUAUGAUGGUUAUGAUUGGCGCUAUACAAGAAAAUCAAUUAAUCAAGUAAUUGAAGAGAAAGAAAGCAAGGAUACGGAACAUAGGAAUCAAUCGAUAAAUGCGGAUAGAAGUGAUGGUGAUGGUGAAGAGAACGAAGCUCGUAUUUUGUUUGAUUCGAUAUUUAUACAAAAGGGAGAACACGACCAAAAUUUGCGACAAAGUAUUCAUGAGACAAUUUAUAACAAUGAGGAUAUUAUAAGCAACAGUGAUAAUUCAGGUAAAAUGAGAUUGAAACCAACGAAAAAUUGCAAAGCAGAAAUCCAAAUUAGAGACUUGUGUGUCAAUUUUCAAGGAUUUGACAUUGAUUUCCCCUCAAAAUUCGAAAGUGACAUGUCUGGUGAUGUAAUUAACUAUACGCACUUAAGCGUAGGUGAUGUAGAGAUAUUUGAUCACGUUCCUACAUCUACGUGGAAUAAGUUUUUGACAAGAAGGAAGAAGAGGAAUAAUAAUAAUAAUAAUAAUAAUAAUAAUAAUAAUAAGCCCAACACAAAAAAUUACGAGCAAGAUACCAUUCCGAUAAUCAAUAUACAAAUAGAAACAGUCAGACCCAUUGAUUAUCUUUUUGCCUCUGAACUACGAUUUAAAUUGGAUGAAGUCCCGCCAUUGCGGAUGUAUAUUGACGAAGAUAUGUUGGAUUUUAUGAUUCGGUUUUUCACAUUUAAAGACUCAAGAUUUGAGUUGAUAGAUAUAUAUCCGGAUAUAACUUUUCUUCAAAGAUUUGAAAUAGGUACAAUAAACGUCAAUGUUGAUUUCAAAGCUAAAAAAAUCGAUAAAAGCGGGUUUAAAAGUAUAAUGCUAUCAGGUUUGCGUAAUUUUUUCGUAGUUGAUGGUACUGAGGUGCUAUUAAGACACGUGGUAGCUUAUGGUAUGGAUGGAUUUGGUAUGUUGGGUGAAUAUUUGAAGGGGUGCUGGUUGCCAGAUAUUUUUUCAACACAAAUAGUUCCAAUUUUAAAUGGUAUUUCUCCUGUAAGAACUAUGCUUACUUUGGGAUCUGGGGUGAAAGCUUUGGUUGAAAUGCCUAUUCAAGAAUACAAACGUGACCAAACGGUUUGGAGAGGUGUUCAAAAGGGCAUGCUGUUAUUCUUGCGAACAACUACGGGGGAGGCUUUGAGAUUAAGUGUAAAAUUAUCAACAGGUACACAAACCAUAUUAGAGAACACAGAAUCGCUUAUCAAAACAAAAUUUGAUACAAAUCUUUUAAUUGAGGAAAAUAGUAUUAGCCCUGAUCUGGAUAAUAGCAUAAAGGGAACAACGGACGAACCCGGUACCCUUCUGAGUGACUCUUAUAUCGUGAAACAAAAUAUUUUUGAGGAAAAUCAGCUAAUAAACCAGCAUAGAAAAAGUGCUUUAACUUCAACUAGCAGUAAUGAUCUUGAUGGAUCUGGAAAAGCAGAGGCUAAUAAUAAAGUGAGUUUGUAUGCGAAUCAGCCCGAAAGCCUUCAAGAAGGUCUUGUUAAGGCAUAUUCUUCAUUUGGUAAAAAUAUGGGGGUAGCAUACAAUGUAGUUAAGAAAACAAGCAGUAAUAUAUCUGAAACUAGUAGUAACAAAGAAAUUGCGAUGCGUAUAGCAAGGGCUUCGCCAGUUAUUGUUUUGAGACCAUUAAUUGGUGCGACUGAAGCGUUGUCCAAGACUUUGCAAGGGUUUAGUAAUGAGUUAGGUUCAGAGAAUAAACAGUUGAAUAAGGAUAAGUAUAAGUAG